AUGAUCGCGCCAAGUGUUUCCAGUAGAGCCUGCAGCACAGCCUGCAGUAGUCUCUAUGCCAUUCGAGACAGCCUUUACACAUUCUCCCUAUCUCAACAUAUCCCCAGACAACGAACACACCUCACCAAAAUUCGAUUCUUCCAUAGCACAAGACAACACAACAGCUCCAAAAUUUCCUACCGCGUUGCCGUCUCCUCAAGUGGCAAAAACCGCCGCUUUCAUCCCCUUAAAAACGUUUACAACUUCGACCCCUCCGGCCCAGCACUCGGCGUAACAAAAGAAACAAACUCCGUCAGCCGCCGCCGCACCCGCCCAGACAGCGGCGAAGAUGCCUUUUUCGUCAGCAGAAUCGGUAACAGAAUCUCAGAUCACCAAGAAGGCAACGCCGAGGCCGUCGCCUUCGCCGUCGCGGACGGCGUCGGUGGCUGGACUGAGUCCCGCGUCGAUCCGGCAGACUUCUCGCACGGCUUGUGCGGGUACAUGGCACACACGGCGGAGACAUGGCAUGAGCCUGCUGAGGCAUUGCGGCCCAAACACCUGCUUCAGGCAGGGUAUGAUCGCGUCGUUGCUGAUCCGACGAUUCGCGCCGGUGGCAGUACAGCGUCUGUUGGGGUGGCAUUGCCAGAUGGGAGGGUUGAAUUGGCGAAUUUGGGAGAUUCCGGGUCUGUGCUGGUGAGGAGGGCCGCUGUGCAUUCUUACUCGGUGCCGCAGACGCAUGGGUUUAAUACGCCUUUUCAGUUGAGCGUUAUUCCGCCGAGGAUGCGCGCACAGGCGAAUGUUUUCGGGGGUGCAUUUUUGGAGGAUUUCCCUAAGGAUGCGUCUGUUACCAAUGUGCAAAUGGUGCAUGGGGAUGUGCUGAUCCUGGCCACUGAUGGUGUUUUUGAUAAUUUGAAUAAUCAGGAUAUCCUCAAACUUGUCACCAGUCGCAUGGUCAUGACUGGUGCUUGGACAGCGACCGAGUCUGGUGUUGGUGUUUCGGAGAAUUUGCGAGCUUUGGCUGCGCCGGGUGGAGUGGCCGAUGCACUUCCUACACCAUCAGGUUCGGCCCUUUCGAAGGAGGAUUCCGAUUCUAGACUGGAUGAGGCCACGUUGCAGUCUGUCCUUGCUUCUACCAUUGCUGGGGAGGCGAAGAAGGCCAGCGUUGACUAUCGUCGUGAUGGGCCUUUUGCGAAGGAGGCUCAACGGUACUAUCCUGGUGAUUACUACCGCGGCGGAAAGGUCGAUGAUAUUUGUGUUGUGGUAGUUGUUGCAGUCGAUGACAGUGCGAGUGCAAAGGUCUAA